AUGACCGACGACGAGAAGCGGGGCACGGGCACCCAAGGCAAAACCGCCAACACAGACCGCAAGUCGACCCAUCCUUCCACCAAUGCCAUGGAAGCCCAAACCAGCUCUUCCCUGACGAGUCGGAUCCAAAAUUCAGCAUCGCGACUUGCAAGGGAUGCCUUUCAUGCUUCCGGUUCAUCCGCAGAUGCUGCGCAUUUGCUAGCGGAUGGCAGCAAGUCGGGUGCUUCUUCGUCGACCGCAGCAGCUUUGGCAGCAGCGCAACAAUACACAGAAGCCUCGGUCCCUUCCUCGUCCUCUUCGGGUCGACACCAAUCCCACAAUACCACUAGAGAAACGUUCCGAUCGUCGUCGUCGAGCCAACAAGGCGGGUUCACUCUCCCCUCGUUUACCGAGGAAGAAUUCCAGCAUUCCUAUGGUGUAGACCCUUUCGGUGGCGACCAGGAGAUCCCAAAUACAGCGUCGGAUAAAAGAAAGGGAAAAGGAAAGGAGACAUCUACGACGAAUCUCUCCCCUUUUAACAAUACCAUCUCCACACAAAGAAGCUUUCAACCGAUCCCCACGCCAUCCGACGGCGAUGCAGUGGUGUCUCUACUGUCAGAUUCAACGUUCGAUCCCACAUUUCCACCAGCGGCCAACGAACCCGCUGAUAUUAUAGAGACAGAGCUAUCUCAACCUCAACUCACCCCAGCAGAGAUCGAAAUGAUUGAAUCCUUCCGUCGGAGCAUGCCUCCGUCCGACACGUCCAACGAGCAGUCGCAUCCCCAUCGCUUCACAUCCUACAGUCUCAUUCCAGAUAUCAACACAAUCCUAAACAAUGCCCCGUCGGGCACCCUCACCGAUGCUACUACACUGCGGGAUGCUGUCUUGACCGGGUUGCCCGGUUCUGCAGAUUGGGUGGCUGUCGAGGAGAGAUACCACGACGAAGUCUGGGGCUACCUACGACCUACAUUGGAGGCCGCUGCAAAAGAGAUGGAAUCGAACCAGAACUUGGAUAUCACCAAGGAGGGACCUGCUGUGCGACGACUGAAGAUGAUCUUGAAGCACAUGCAGACUUGA